ACGUUUUGACGGCUUUCUUCGGAACUCGCACCUGUCACGCUUCGGCGUGCGGGUUGGACAGGAGGUGGUACGUCGAGGAGGAGGAGACACACUUGACUCUCACUGUUUAUCUUGGUGUAAAAGAAGGCGACUAUGUCAUGGAAGACACUCCGUAUUGCAGGCUCGCCCUUCCCGCUCUCCCACCAGUCGACGCUGGUGUCGGGCAAAGACGGCUCCAUUUACGUUUUGGGAGGAAUUUCUGACAAAGGUGCUGUCGCCGCCACCAUGCAUCAGCUGACUACGGGCGCGCUCCGCAAGUGGAAGAAAGUUGCUGGUGUUGGUCGCCGUCCCGAUCCGUUUCAUUCUGCUGCAGUGGCUGUCAUGGGCAACAAGACGUAUGUGUUUGGUGGUAUGACCCACAGCGGCGAGAUCUCUGCCUCGCUCGCCGUUCUCCGGCACGAUGCCGGCGCCUUCUCUGCGCCACGGAUCACGUCCGAUCCGCCACCUGCUACCGCCAACGCCUCGUUCACCACCCUCUCGUCAGACAUGGUCCUGUACGGAGGCCUCAUGGCCGACGGAACGUGCUCGAACGCUCUCUGGGCAUUUGCCAUCCCCGAGUCGCAGCGGCAUCUGGCCUCUGCUGGCCGGGUCUGGGUCGAGUGCGAGAUGGCUGGUGAUGUGGCGCCUGCGCCGCGCCACUCGCAUGUCGCGUUUGCUCUCCCGGCCGAGGUGACGACAAGCGUGGUCAAGGCCGUGACUGGUUCGGCACCAGCGGUCAAGCCGGCCAAGCGGAAGCGCCGCGGCGAGGGCGACGCCUUUGGUGACUACAUGGUGGUGUUUGGCGGAGCGACCGCCGACGGCGCCACCGACGACAUGUGGCUUCUUGACUACGCAGCAGCCCGGUGGAUUCAGCUCGCCAAGCCGGAGGGCGGCGCCUGGCCGACAGCACGCUUCGGCGCCGCCAGUGCUACCGUUGGCUCGGAGGUGUACAUGUUUGGCGGAAGCAACGGUGAGACUACGUUUGGUGACCUGUGGCGGUUCGACCUCCGCACUCUGUCGUGGACCGAGCUCCGCGGAGCGGUCAACGCCCCGUCGGCCCGUGCCUACGCCACGCUCGACUUUGUGCCCAAGACCAAGACGCUAAUCCUGCUCGGCGGCAUGGGCGACGGUGCCAAGUUGGCGCGCUCGGACCACGAGCUGGCGAUCUUGUCGCUCAAGGCGCUUGCCGCGGCCGACGACGCUGUGGCGACGGCGCCUGUGUCUGCGGCGAAGUCGGCUGCGGCGUCGGCGUCAGCGGCGACGGAGCCGGCGGCAGCAGUCACAGCAACCACUCCGGCGACCGUGGUGGAGGCUGUGGCAGCUGGUCCGGCGGCAGCAGCCUCUGCACCGGAUGCGGCAGCGGCGACAGCCGCAGCACCAGCGCCGGUCAAGAAGGUUGCUGCGGUCAACCCCGCAGCGGCCAUCAUGGCAGCCGAGUCGUCUGCGGCCGAGCUGGCGACGCUGACGCGGGUCAACUCGCAGCUCGAGGCCGAGCGUGAUGCAGCGCAGCGCAAGGCCGAGGCGCUUGUGGAGCAGGCCGAGAAGCACGACGAGAGCGCCAAGGUGAUGAUGUCCGAGCUCGAUCUGCUGAAGCAGGAGGUGGCAUCGCUCAAGUCGACCAACGCGGACCUGGCGGCAUCCAACGCGGACCUUCAGGGUCAGCUGGCGGCGGCGACCCAGGCCGGGUCUGCGGCGGCGACCGAGUCGGCGGCGCAGACGACCGAGCUCCGCGGCAAGCUGGCGGUGGUGGAGAACGAAAAGUCCUCACUGGAGCGGCAGCUCGCAUCUGCGGUGGCGCGCGCCGAGUCGGCCGAGGCUGCGACGGCUGCGGCGGCGGGCGAGGGCGAAAGCCAGCUGGCCGACGCGCUGGCGGCGAACCAGGCACUCAACGCGACCAUCGAGGAGCUGCGGACUGAAGCCGACGCCACGGCGUCCAAGCUCGAGGCUGCGACCGCCGAGGCGCAGGCCGCCCGCGACAAGCUUGCAGCUGCCGAGGCCGAGGCCCAGUCGGCGGCGGCGCGUAUCGCCGAGCUCGAGGCUGCGCUGUCCGAGGCCAAGUCGCAGCUGGCUGCGGCGGUGGCCAAGGGCGAGCAGCUCGAGAGUCGGCUCGCCGAGCAGGAGAAGGAGGACUCGGAGGCACGCGCGGCCGAGCUGGCUGCUGCUGUCGAGGCCCGCGCCAUCGCCGAGGCCAAGCUCGAGGGCUAUGACGAGGUCAUCGCGCGGCUCGAGGAGGAGCUGUGUGCGUCGGAAGAGACCGUUGCCGAGCUGCGGGCGGUCAUUGCCGACGCCGACGCCGACGAUGACGACGAUGACGACGAUGAUGACGAUGAUGACGACGACGAUGAUGAUGACGACGACGAUGAUGAUGAUGACGACGACGAUGAUGACGGGGCUGAGGCUGGCGCUGCGGCAGCGGCGACGGCAGCGGCGACGGCAGCUGCGACGGCAUCGGCCUCGGACACGGGCAAGAUGGCAGCUGAGCUUGCGCAGAAGCAAGCUGAGCUUGACGAGGCCAAGCAGAAGAUUGCCGACUACGAAGAGGCACUGACCAAGCUGGAGGACGAGCUCGACGAGGUGGAGGACCGUGCGAUCGAGUUUGAGGCGCGGGUCAACGACCUUGAGCUCGAGCUCUCUGCAGCACGGUCGCAGAAGUAA